GUGUUGUUGUUCUCCGUGUCGUGACACAGCCCCCCUCCCCUCCCCCCUUCCCGCAGCCUUAAAGUACAGGCUAAACCUCGAUUGGAUCGGCAUCGUUCGUGGGGAGUGGGUUUGCCUUGUUGUCGUAGAAGGGCGGGGUUGAAUUGGGUUGUGGGGUGCAGCGUGGGAAGUAUUGGAGACUUGUUGGCGCUGACUUGGUGGAUUGGGUUGAUAAGCUUUUGUUGGGGGAAGCAGAGAUUGUGAGAGUGGUCGCGUUUCGGGAGAGGUAGAGGAGAGGAGGGUGGAGUGGUGGUCCAAGUGCGGGCGGGCUUUGGUUGCAUGGAUUGGUGACAGUAUCGUAAGAAUUGCGGGGGAGGAAGAAGGCGAGGGCAAGUGGGUGAAGAUGGUGUCUGCCAGCAUGGAGAUGGCGGCCUAUUGCUUUGACACGCUAGUCGCCCAUUACACGGGCGAUGCUGUACCCCCACCUGCGUUCGAAGAAGGGCAGUUCCCUUUAUUUGUUACAUGGAAGAAAGUAUUGAAUGGUGGGGAACCACGCUUGCGGGGGUGCAUUGGCACGCUUGAAGCCCGAUAUAUCAUCACCGGGUUCAAAGAUUAUGCGCUCACAAGUGCUCUCCGAGACCGCCGCUUCCCUCCAAUUCAGGCACGCGAGCUCCCUUACUUGGAAUGCACGGUGUCACUCUUAACAGAUUACGAAACCGCAGCUCAUUACCUUGACUGGGAGAUUGGCGAACAUGGAAUGAUUUUAGAGUUCACCGACCCUGACGGCACGAGGAGGAGUGCCACCUAUUUACCCGAGGUUGCCGCGCAGGAAGGAUGGACGAAAAUAGAAACAGUGGAUUCUCUUGUCCGGAAGGCGGGAUACUCGGGACAAAUCACAGAGUCCAUGAGACGCAAGUUCCGCAUCACUCGGUAUCAGAGCUCUCUGUACACCAUGCACUACAGCGAGUACCAAGCGUAUGUGAAGCGUAUCCGUGGAGCCAUCCCUUUGCGUUCCACCAUUAAGUGCUGAUUGUGCACUUCACAAACUCCACAGCUUACGGUGUGGAUAUCUUCUCAUUCCUUAGUCACGAGAGUGGGCACUUAAAGUUAAUGUUAAUUUUACUCAGUUCCAGGAGUUUUUGGAAUGCCAGUCAUGUGGUAGGGGUUUCCGAUGACCUGCCAUUGACAAGGUGGCUUGGUCAUGGUGCUGCGCUUGAUCUUGUCUAUAUCUCAUUCUCUUUCUUGUGAUUGAAUUCUAUAUCUACCCUAAAGCUUUGUUGCAGGGUGUUCCCAAUUCAUUCGCGCUUUCAGGUUGAGGGAUUUUACGCAGUUUCCUUUACCAGAACACCCAGGUCAUUGCUUUAAGCAACUCAAUUCUUAGUGGACGAGGCCAUUUCCUCUCUGCUGAUUUGACUGUCAUUAAUAAAUAACCUUGUAAAUUGAUCUUACUUAAUUUCAGAACAUCUUAAUUUCUAUCAUAUUGAGAAGAUUUUGAUUUUGUAGGAGUUGCUAAUUGCUCCUCGCAAUUCAAUCCCUUCAUCAUUCAGAUAGAAUGGUUUUUUCUUUUCUUUUCUUUUCUGCGAAUCCUUCCCUUUUGCCUUGUGAUAUUGUCAUAAUAAACUGAGACACUUUCAACUUU